AUGCUAGGUGAGUCUGCCCGCAACGUUCAGCUGAUUCACCAGAGUCUACGGGAGUAUUUGAUAGACACGAUUCAAUAUCCAGAACAACUCGCACAUAUCAAAGAACAUACCUCGUCGUCACCUACCUUCGAGGCCGAAAGCUGCCAUGCUGAGAUCGCCACCCAUUGUCUUAGUUAUCUGAUGCGUCUAAGCGAUGGAGUGCAAGACGCAAAGGUGGACGAAGAAGACAUCGAACAACAUUGGCCCUUGGCAGACUAUGCUGCAAAAUUCUGGUGGCAGCACUUGCGAGCUAGCGGUUCUUCGUGCUCACGCACAUUGGUAGAGUUGGCUUCCACGUUUCUUAGUGGCCAAUACCUUGCUUCCCUUAGGUCAGUCCAACUUGAUGAUAUAGACCUCAAUUGCGCCAUCGGCUUGGCAGACACCACGCUUUAUCCCAGAGCUCCCAAAGGAGGCAUAGACCAGGGUCCGUACUAUGCUGCAAUGAUGAAUCUGCCACUUGUGAUGUCUGACUUGCUUUCCCAAAAGCCCGAUUUGCAACUGCACGUCGGCUAUAUGGGCACCGCUGUGCAUGCUGCUGCAUAUUAUGGGCACGACAACAUUGUCCGAAUAUUGCUCGAUGCAGGUGCUAACCCAGCCAACCACAACUCCUUCCAUGGUAGUGCACUAGACUUAGCGGCAUUCAGAGGACGUGAGUCAAUCGUACGCAUGCUUCUUGCACCAGGUGCCUCGGUGAAUUCGAAAGGCGGAUCUCGAUACACUGCUUUGACGGCAGCAUGCUCUCACGGUCAUCUUGAAAUCGUGAGUUUAUUACUAGCUGCAGGCGCUGAUGUGCAUGCCUUGGACCGCACAGGACGAUCUGCUCUUGUAAUUGCAGUUAGAGCAGGACAUAAGGAACUGGUAAAGAUGCUCCUCAACGCCGGUGCAAAUGUCAACAAAAGAGAUUACCAACAGACUACUGCACUGAUGUGGGCAUGCUAUCAUCGGCACUCGCAAACAGUAUUACAGCUGGCCAUCGUUGAAGCUCUGAGAGGGCAUUCUGAUGCAGAAGAUAUCAUUAAAUUACUUCUCGACCACAAGGUGGAUGCACCUUACGAUAGGAGGACACUCCUAGGGAAUGGUCUCUGCACCGCGGCAGAACAUCGCAACGGGGUAGAGGCAUUAAAAGCAAUAGCUUUGUUGCUGGCAUAUGGUGCUGAUCCAUUGUUUGUGAGAGAAUCUCCUGGUCCCUUCAUCUCUCCCAUCGAUAUUGCGCAACAAUCCGCUCAUUCGGCCUUGGUUGAUCUAUUGAGAAAGGCCGUCGUUGAUAUGGCUCCAAGCAUCGACAUCAGUGCGGAGCCUGCUCCAGACACAGCAACAGCAACAGCAACAGCAACGACUGCAGGACCGAUAGUGUGCGACCAUGCGAAAUCGAUUAACAGUACGAAUGAGACAACCUUGCCCGACCACGUUCCUGAUAACUCAGUGGAGCCGCUUUACGAAGCGGAAAAGGGAAGAGCUUCUGGCUGUGCGGAGUAUGCGGUAGAAGGGAAUGCUCCAGCGUUACCACAAGCAGCAGAAGAUGAAUUUUCUUCGUUACACAUAGCAAAAGCACAUGCAAAAGCGAGUUUCUGGCGACGUACUCGAGACAAGCUAAAGGACAAAGUUCGCAAAGGUUCUGCCAGUGGCAACAACAGGUAA